AUGUCCUCUGCUUUGAGAUCCUUCAUGCGACUUCGAGGACGGUCGGCAUUCACCGGAUCAACGCUCAACAGACCAUUGCCGAGAUCACCGCAAGCCAUCCGCGCUUUAACUACCACGAUUAGAUGGGAUCAGGGGGAACUACUUUUAAGAAGCCAAAAAGACCAAGAAGUGGUCGUGCGGAAGAUCCCGCAGCUGUGGCUUAGGGAUAACUGCCGCUGCACAGAGUGUGUCAACCAAGACACAAUGCAGCGAAACUUCAACACGUUCGAGAUUUCAAUGAACAUAUCCGCAAGGGCCCUCGAAACAAACGAAGAUGGCUUUGAUGUCUUGUGGUCGGACUGGCACAAGAGCACCUACACGUGGUCAUGGUUACGUUCUUUAGUGCAUCGAGACCCAAGCAAGGUUCUGAACCGCAUUCACGGAAGUCGGUUCUGGAACCACUCUAUAGCUUCCAACCCUCCUGAAGUCUCUUACCAAUCUGUCAUGGACAAAUGCAAUAACGCCGGGAUGGCGGAGCUAACAAACAAGAUUCGUAAUUAUGGCCUGUGCUUCGUCAUCGACACACCAAAGACGCCCGAGGCUACCAAGCAACUCCUGGAGGCCAUAGGGCCCAUUCGCAACACUCACUACGGCGGCUUCUACGACUUUGUACCCGAUCUCGCCAAGGCUGACACGGCUUACACGAACCUGGCGCUAGCUGCACACACAGACACAACCUAUUUCACUGAACCGGCCGGCUUGCAGGCUUUCCAUUUGCUGUCCCACGAACCGCCUCCCGGUGAAGCGCAGGAAGAAAGCCUCGGCGGCCAAUCACUUCUUGUCGAUGGAUUCCAAGCAGCCCAUCGGUUGAGACUAGAGCACCCAGAGGCGUACGAAAUUCUUCGCACUGUCCGAGUUCCAUGGCAUGCCAGUGGGAAUAAAGACGUGGCAAUCGCACCAGAUAAGGGUUACGCCGUCAUUGAAACAAGUUCUCGAAGACUGUUCCGGAUUCGCUGGAACAACGAUGAUAGAGGGGUCAUCCCGCUCCGGGCCGACGUCGACAAAUGGUACGCAGCAGCCAGAACAUGGGACAGCAUAUUGCGGCGCAAGAAGAACCAGUACUGGUUCCAGCUCACGCCUGGACGAGUGCUGAUCUUUGACAAUUGGCGCGUCCUUCAUGGCCGAAGAGCCUUUGAGGGUCAACGACGGAUUUGUGGCGGGUAUAUUAACCAAGAUGACUUUAUUUCCCGCUGGAAGACGUCCAACUUUCCGAGAGACGAAGUCAUCGCCGCGAAUAUCAGCUGA